AACCAUUCAGUUAGUUCCACACAAGCUGAAGCAAUUUUAUGAUCUAUAUAUACCAAUACUCAUCUUAGCAUUCUCAAACCCAAAACAUAGAGCAUCAAACUUGAAACACUUGUUUCGCAUACAAGUUACUUGAGAUCAUUCUUAACAAAAGAAGAAACAAUGGGAUUUCGCUUACCUGGUAUUAGAAAAGCUACACAAGCAGCUCCAAAGGGUGGAGAAAUUCCAAAGGGGUAUCUUGCAGUGUAUGUAGGAGAAAAGAUGAAGAGGUUUAUAGUUCCGGUAUCAUACUUGAACCAACCAUCAUUUCAAGACUUGCUGAGUAAAGCAGAAGAAGAAUUUGGUUAUGUUCAUCUAAUGGGUGGCCUCACAAUUCCUUGCACAGAAGAUUUGUUCUGCAGCAUCAUAUCAAUUCAGGCUUGAAUGCUGCAUUCUUCCAAAAAAAAAAAAAAGCUGACAUAACAUAGAUUAGCUCAAAGCAAACAGUUACAAUUGUACAGUGUGUAGAUAGAUUGUUUAUUUUUUUCCCUUUGCUUUCAUGCAAAAGUGGAACAUGUUUAUUUGUUCAUAUUAAUAUAAACUAGGUAACCAAACCCUCAAUGAAAGAUGCAGAACAUGCAAUGAUCAAUGUUUCUCUUCCUUGUCAUUGUUGUUUGAAAAUUAUUAUGAUAGUAUCCAAAU